AUGUUUUUCUGGUUCCACCAUAGGGAGAAUAAUGGCUUGGUUAUCUCUAAUGACAACACACUGAAGCAGACUGUGGAGGUAGAAAAACAGGAGAGGCAAGGUAAGGAGGUUUUAGUAGUUGAGGAACUGGAUGAGUUGAAUGAGGAUUCGGGGUCACUGGAUGAGCCGCCGGGUUGGCUUCCUGACGGUUGGAUUAUGGAGGUCUGUCAAGAAGACAAUGGCUCCAUCUACCAGUACUACACUUCCCCAAUGUCCGGAUACACAUUCACAUCAAAGAUGGAGACGUUGCAUUAUCUUUUCUCAGGGGUGGAAGAACGUAUGUUGGAGUUGCACGCAGGCGCUGAGGAUAACGAGCUUCAUGAGUCACAUACAUGGCUUCCACGUGAGUGGGUGAUUGAAGUCAGAGCCGGUGGGAAGAAAAUGGACAAAAUGUACAAGUUCUAUGUUAACCUACCUACUGGGAAGCGAUUCUUGUCAAAAGCAGAAGUAUUGCACUUUGUUAAUAAGGGCAUGGUUUCUACAUGUGAUAUGGAUGUGCUGUGCGACACUAGCACUGAUGAUAAUAUACUUGCUCAUGUGGAGUUCAAUCCUGAUGGUUUACCAGAUGGAUGGGUGAAAGAAAUGAUAUUUAGAAAGUGCAAUGAUGGAAUCAGAAAAGACCCGUAUUAUACCGAUCCUGUUAGUCAUCGUGUAUUUCGCACGCUUAAGUCUGCAUUGAGCUACCUUGGAACUGGAGAAAUAUCUAAGCAUUCCUAUUUACCAAGGAGAAAUGUCAUUGACAUGUAUUCAUUUGACAAGUGUGCAGAUCUGCCUAAACGUAUGCUGAAAAGACUGAAAGCAGAAGGACAAACAAAGAAAAAAUUCAUGAGAGCACUGGUUUUAGACAAGGAAUUAUCUAAUGGGCAGACUUCAAAUCAGUCUGAAGGUGCUAUUGGGUUAACUCAAUCUGACCCGGAAGGAGAUAAGUUUGGAUCUGUGGAAGCGACAUGCGAAAAAGGAAUCAGUUCAGAGACUAUGAAACGACGAAGAGGGAGGCCAAAGAAAAUCUUGAAGCAAACAAAUGAUAGCAUUUCAGAUCGUGACAAGGGUUCACAUAAGGAGCACAUUGAGGCCAAAGAUGAUGUAGAUAUCAGUGGUGGGAAAGACUUGACGAAUGUGAAGAUUUCGGAGCGUACCGAGACGCAGAAUAGCACAAUGAUAAUCAAGGAAGUAAACAACAACACAGCAGAGAAAAACCUGUCGAAGACAGAGGGAGACAAAUCGGAUUUGCUAACUAGCAUGGGUUUGCACAAGCAAGAGAAUGGCAGGUUAACUGAAGUUAGUGAGAAGGCAACAUUCUCCACAGUUCAUAAAUUUUACAAGAGGAGAAGUUGCAACCAGACACUCGGUUCAAGAAAAAAGAUAAAUUAG